ACUAAACGCAUUUCCCUUGCUGUAGUGCUUAAGGGAAAGCUACGUUACUGUUAGCAACAUAUUUUCAUUCGUCAGUCAUGGCACCGUUUUUAGAUACAGUGUUUACCGAAUGGCCGGCGGAUGUGUGCAAGUUCUCAAAAGCAUUUCCGGAAAUCUGCAUCGUAGGAACAUACUUACUGAAUGAAGAGACGCGUGUUCGUACGGGAAAGCUUAUUUUGUACGACACGCGAAAUAACAAAUUAAAUCGCAUAUUUGAAACUGAAUGUGAUGCAAUUUUAGAUUUUAAAUGGUCACCGAUAAAACCAGCGCUGUUAUUCGUUGCCCAUUCCACUGGAAAGAUUUCUGUGUAUGAGCAUCACGAAGAGUCACGUCUUCGGCCACUUCGAGUAGAUCAGCUUGUUGACGAAACGGUGCUGCUACUCGCGUUAGACUUCAGUCCGGAAGGCGACACACUGGCAGUGUCAACAUCUGCUGGACAGGUUCUGCUCGUUGAUGCUGAGACGGGCGAGCUCUGUGGUGAACCAUGGUCAGAACAUGGAUUUGAGGCAUGGACCGUGCAUUGGAGCCGAGACGUCGACAAGUCACCAAACGUUUUGUACUCCGGCGGAGAUGACGCAGCUCUCAUCUGCUACGAUCGUCGAAUGCCAGGUAUGAGCGUGUGGAAAAACCGGCGUGUACAUACCACCGGAGUUGUGUCUAUUCUUUCGAGACAAUCUUUUGGUCCAUACAUGUUGACUGGCGAGUAUGGUGACAUUAUUCAUACGCUAGAUGUCCGCUCUGCGUGCCUACCUCUUGCUGAUAAAAACUUGGGCGGCGGUGUUUGGCGACUUGAGCACAUGUAUACAGACAGUGUUACACGAAGUCAUGACAUUUUGGGUAUUCUUAUGCAUCGCGGAGCCCAAGUCUUGCGUGUGCCAGCAGGCUUUGAAGAUAUCGAGUUGCACUCGCAAGUUUUUGAUGAGCACGAAAGUAUGUGCUACGGAGGAGACUGGCGGUCGCAGGAUAAUACUUUUGCGACUUGUUCCUUUUACGAUAAACGAGUGUGUCUCUGGAAGGCAAGUCCAAUGAACGAGUCGAGCACUGCUAUCGAAUGAGGGAAUACAAAAAAAAAAGAAAAUGAAACGCUACAGAACAGAUGAGGCUUUGACCAAAAAGCAAGAGUGCACUUGAGGGUUUCGAUGGCAAGUACGAAGCUUUGUGUCUUUUUCAAUACCUCCAUUAAAAUCAAAAAAGAGCCAUUCUACCCGAGCACGGGAUUAUUUCUGCUCUUCAGCCCUAGCGGGUGACUUUGAAGGGCUCUGAAAGAAGCUUGAAUGCUUGUAUCGCUCGUAAUCUGGACGGCUCAAACUGUUGUGUGCCACUUUUAUAUCAAAGUGAAUGUCUGCAAUUAGCUUGUCAAUACCCUCAUAAUCAAGCUCUGGGCGAAUGUAACCCAUUACGGCCGCUCGAACUUGCUGGCCAUAAAAAUCUUGAGGAAAAGAAUGCAUAAUAUGUAUCUCUGCCGUACGCUUUUCAUUGUUGUAAUAAGGAUUCCAUCCGACACUCAUUACCAUCGGAUAAACCUCACCAUCUGCGACCUGUGCAAACCCAUAGUAUACACCAGACUCGCGCUCUUUUAACAACUCCUGUACUGCGGAUUCUAAGAUAUUGGCAGUCGGAAUCCCCAUUUCUCGAGAACCGCGCCCGAAUCCAUGAACAACUUCACCUUGGAAGAAAAUCGGAUACGGAGGUUGCACUUCUUGAGGGCCGACGAUUUCGGGUCGUGGAUUGGGAACCUGAUUAUUGCUCAUUAAAGUGGUAGUGAAAUAUGGUUGGAGGAGACUGUACGUGUUGGCUUUUGGUGGUAAGUAUGUUAAGCAGCUGCCUUUGUAAUCAUUGAAACAGUGUUAGACUAAAUAAUAAUAUAGCUUCUACAAGAUGAUACCGAACCAAUAACUAUUAAUAAGGAAACGAAUUUAUUGACAAAUAAUUCACAGAAAGGCCGAAAAAGAAGAUAAAGUCGUUUCUUGUUUUGUAUCAUCUUUAUUGACUUGUGCUUUUUCAUGAACAGAAUUUAGUUGGAAAGUUUUAGAAAACAAACAUUUCAUGUCAACGUAGGAAUAAUAGAAAAUUCGUAAAGAGCGUAAAGAGUGACCAGAAUGAUAAAACGAAAAUUGGAUACGUAAGAUCGCGUUGAAAUUAAGCGGUUUUUGCAGCAACACGG